UGGCUUUGGCCACGAGAGAGAGAGAGAGAGAGAAAGAGAAAGCAAAAGAAAGAAGAGAGCAAAGAUUCCACCUGGUUGUUUGGGUCGUCAAUAGAGAGAAGAAGAAGAAGAAGAAGAAGAAAUCGAAGAAGCUCGACGAACAGAUUCUUUCCCCCUUCCCUUGAGAGAUUUUUUGUUUGCUUCGGAGGAGUUGUGCGAAUUUGAAUAUCUGAAUCUGUUUUAUUCCUUUUUUUCUUCUUUUUGCUUUUUUGCUUUUUUUCUCUCUCUCUUUCUCUCUCCACAUGAAGCUGUGGUGAAGAUUUUUUUGGGGAGAUUUAGGGUUUUCUGAGUUGUUCGUCCUGGUUUUGGAAAGCGAAGAUGAACGUGAUGCGUCGUCUCAAGAGCAUUGCUUCCGGUCGUACCUCGAUUUCUUCCGAUCCUGGUGGGGACUAUGGGAUGAAGAGAGCGAAGCUUGAUCAAGAGAACGACAACAUGUGUGCUGCUGAUCCAAUGCAGGUUGACCAAACUAGUUCUUCUUCUUCUUCUUCUGAUAUCAAACCUGACAUUUUCCCACUAGAAAGUGUUGCUGGUACCUCAAAUGGGCAUGCUCUCUCAGAUAAAACCGUCGAUGAUCAUCAUCAUCAUCAUCAUCAUCAGCUUCCUGAAGUUAUGACUGAUAUGAGGAUUAGAGAUGACCGAAAUGCCAACCGCGACGAGAAGGAGAUGGAGACAACUAUUGUAAACGGCAGUGGGACUGAAACGGGACAAGUUAUUACAACUACUGUUGGGGGUAGAGAUGGAAAGCCUAAGCAGACAAUCUCAUACAUGGCCCAGCGAGUGGUUGGAACCGGCUCAUUCGGAGUAGUGUUCCAGGCCAAGUGUUUGGAAACGGGUGAACAAGUUGCAAUUAAGAAGGUUCUGCAGGAUAAAAGAUACAAGAACAGAGAACUUCAGAUAAUGCGCUUGCAAGACCAUCCCAACGUUGUGCGACUGAGGCAUUCUUUCUUUUCAACAACUGACAAGGAUGAGCUGUAUCUCAACCUUGUCCUUGAGUAUGUUCCUGAAACUGUUUACAGAGCAUCUAAGCACUAUACCAAAAUAAAUCAGCAUAUGCCAAUUAUCUUCGUUCAGCUCUACACUUAUCAGAUUUGCCGUGCGCUGAACUACUUACAUCGCGUAGUUGGGGUGUGUCACCGUGACAUCAAGCCACAAAAUCUACUGGUCAAUCCCCAAACUCAUCAACUAAAAAUUUGCGAUUUUGGAAGCGCAAAGAUGUUGGUGCCAGGUGAACCUAACAUAUCCUAUAUAUGCUCCCGGUACUACAGGGCCCCAGAACUUAUAUUUGGGGCUACAGAGUAUACCAAUGCCAUUGACAUGUGGUCCGGCGGUUGUGUUAUGGCAGAACUUUUACUAGGCCAACCACUGUUUCCCGGGGAAAGUGGCAUUGAUCAGCUGGUGGAGAUAAUUAAGAUUCUUGGGACGCCUACAAGAGAAGAAAUACGGUGUAUGAAUCCCAAUUACACAGAGUUCAAGUUUCCUCAAAUCAAAGCUCACCCGUGGCACAAGAUUUUCCACAAGCGAAUGCCACCUGAAGCAGUAGACCUCGUCUCAAGACUCCUCCAGUAUUCGCCAAACCUUCGGUGCACUGCUUUGGAAGCUUGUGCACACCCCUUCUUUGAUGACUUACGGGACCCGAAUCUUUCACUGCCAAAUGGAAGAGCUCUGCCUCCAUUGUUUAACUUCACUGCCCAAGAACUUGCGGGUGCAUCACCAGAGCUGCGACAGCGUCUAAUGCCAACGCAUUGCCAGGGAACGGGAAGUAGCUCUUAGGAUCAUUUAUAGUGUGUCCAAAAUCCAGCUUUCUAUCUCUCCAUCUAUUUACUGCAAGUGUGUACAUCAAUUUUGAACCACUUCUGCUUCCAAGCUUUGUGGCUGGAGGAAUGUCUGGAAAUCUGCAUGCCGUGACCCUAGGAGAUGUGAAAUAACUGGGGGGGGGGUUCAUGGAGCUUCUUCUGACUGGCUUCUCUCUCUCUCUGUUUGCUCUCUCCUUUCUCUCUUUUUUUUUUGGCCACCUUCACUUUCAUUUUUUUGUUUUUUCUUUUUGUUGUUUCACAAAUCUGACCCCCUUAUAUGUUUGGUGUAUCAUUAUUAUAUGUUUGUAAUCCAUCAAGAUCAUUUCCUUGCCGUAAUAUUGCAAGCUUGUUUUCUAAUAAGAUUCAGUUUUAUGUUCAUA